ACAGAUGACGAAGACUACGAGGAACAUUUACACGUGGUCCUCGAGCGAGAUAGGCUCCACAGCGUGUCGCAGCUUUCGGCGCUAAUGGGCUACUGUGGGCUCGGCUCUCUGGUGAACAAGGAGUCGCUCAAGAAGUUUGCCAACGAAGUGCUGGGACGCACGUUCCUGCUAUUGGCAAGCGGCCUCAAGAUCCACCGGCUUUCACCUACAAUGCGCCAGGCGGAUCCGCGGUUCCACGACUCGGUCAUAGGCAAGCACCAGCUAGAAUUGCUCACGCUGUUGAAGAACCUGAUCAGCCGGUUUCUCGAUACCUCUGGAACGACCACAUCGCCGUACGACUUGUUGCAGAACAACAAGACGCUAUUAGCUCGCUACGGCAGUAUCAAGGAUAUAAUAGGACGGGGUGCGUACGGUGUGACACGGAUAGUAGACUCUGGCGAGGAGCAGGGCGUCUCGGGCAGAGUCAAACGUGCUUAUGCCGUCAAGGAGCUCCAGAGAAGACCCCAGACCAGCACAAGGGCAGCAGAGACGCGAGACCAGUUUAUUGAGCGGGUUAUUUCCGAGUUCAUUCUCUCGUCCACUCUCAACAAUAAGCACGUGGUGCGUACGCUUGACUUGAUGAUUACGCUACCGGAAAAAAGCCGGCUUUCUACCUGUGACUUCCACGACGAGGUGCGGAUCUCCCAGGUCAUGGACUGCACUAGCGGUGGUGACCUCUUUCACUACUGCAAAAAGUCGAUCACCACCCACGAGUACUUAUCCAUCGAUGAAAUCGACUGCAUGGUGAAACAAAUCACUAAGGGUCUCUGGUACAUUCAUAGCCAUGGCGUAGCCCACUGCGACUUGAAACUUGAAAACAUUCUCUUGGAGAACGACCCGCAUUCCAUGCGGCUGGUGAAUGGGAAGAGACGCUGUCGCCUUAAUCUAAAAAUCUCUGACUUCGGUAAAUCCAGUGUUGUACGCACGCAUUGGGAUAGCCAGGAGCAACUCUCCACUUCAAACGUGCCAAUUGGCAGUGAGCCUUACAUGGCCCCAGAAGAGCACACAAAAUCAAGUAGAGGCAUUUCACUCUUGAAGAAGGACUGCUGGGCUUUGGGAGUUAUUGUGCUCAUCCUCUUUAAUAUCCGGAGAUCUUUCUUCUAUAAGAGUAGCGGUAACCAGUUCCAGCUAGAAUUCUACGAUACCAAGGCGGGCGAGUCCGAAACGAAGACAUAUGGCGCAGCCUACCUAUGGCAAACUACCGAGCCAAAGUCCCUCAAGUUGGCUAAAUAUAAGGAUGCUGUAUUUGGGGAAUACGUCAAAAACGCCAUGCUCUCCGAUUAUGAUAACAAGAGCAAAGAGUGGUCGGUGCGCAAACACGGGAAGUUCAUUCCAAUAGAAACUAUGUUCGAUAUACCGUUGAAUUUUCUGGAUCCGAAGUAUGACGAUGAUGUUGAUGGGUUUGAAGCGGGCGACUUUGAUUUGCGCAAGUAUUGCACCUAUAAGCUUCUCGAUAUAGACCCGGCAAAAAGGUUUGACGCGGGCGACUUUCUCAAGAGUGACUGGCUUGCCUCUGCUGAAAGUUGC